AGGCGCGCGGUGCAUUGUGGGCUGGGCGAGGAGCCAGGCCGCCAUUUUGUCUCUGUCACCGUCCGCGGCGGCGGCGCGGUCGGUUCGUGAGGAGAGGCGGCGGCGGGGUCUGUGUUUGGUGAGGGGGGACUCGGCCAGGAAGACACCAUGAUAUCGGCCGCCCAGCUCCUAGAUGAGCUUAUGGGCCGGGACAGAAACCUGGCCCCGGAUGAGAAGCGCAGCAACGUGCGGUGGGACCAUGAGAGCGUUUGUAAAUACUACCUUUGUGGCUUUUGUCCAGCUGAAUUAUUUACAAACACCCGUUCUGAUCUAGGUCCUUGUGAAAAAAUACAUGAUGAAAAUCUACGUAAACAGUAUGAGAAGAGCUCUCGUUUUAUGAAAGUGGGCUAUGAAAGAGACUUCUUACGCUAUUUACAGAGCUUACUGGCAGAGGUAGAGCGCAGGAUUCGAAGAGGCCAUGCUCGAUUGGCACUGUCACAGAAUCAACAGUCUUCUGGGGGAGCGGGACCCACUGGUAAAAACGAAGAGAAGAUUCAGGUGUUAACUGAUAAAAUUGAUGUACUGCUACAGCAGAUUGAAGAAUUAGGUUCAGAAGGGAAGGUGGAAGAGGCACAAGGAAUGAUGAAACUUGUUGAACAAUUAAAGGAAGAGAGAGAAUUGCUGAGGUCUACAACUUCAACAAUUGAAAGCUUUGCAGCCCAAGAAAAACAAAUGGAAGUUUGUGAAGUUUGUGGAGCCUUUUUAAUUGUAGGAGAUGCACAGUCCAGGGUAGACGACCACUUGAUGGGAAAGCAGCACAUGGGUUAUGCCAAAAUAAAAGCUACAGUAGAAGAUUUAAAAGAGAAGUUAAGAAAAAGAACAGAGGAACCUGACCGUGAUGAAAGGUUAAAAAAAGAGAAACUAGAGCGAGAAGAGCGAGAGAAAGAGAGGGAACGGGAAAGAGAGGAGCGGGAAAGGAAGAGGCGACGGGAGGAAGAAGAAAAGGAAAAAGAGAGGGCUCGUGAUAGAGAGAGACGUAAAAGGAGCCGUUCACGGAGUAGACAUUCAAGCAGAACAUCUGACAGAAGAUGCAGCCGUUCACGAGACCACAAAAGAUCAAGAAGCAGAGAAAGAAGGCGAAGCAGGAGUCGUGACCGAAGAAGAAGCAGAAGUCAUGAUAGAUCAGAAAGAAAACAUAGGUCUCGCAGCAGGGACAGGAGACGAUCAAAAAGCCGGGAGCGGAAAUCCUACAAGCACAGAAGCAAAAGCAGAGAGAGAGAACAAGACAGGAAGUCAAAAGAAAAAGAAAAGAGGGGAUCUGAUGAUAAAAAAAGUAGUAUGAAGUCCAGUAGUCGAGAAAAGCAGAGUGAAGACACAAAUACAGACUCGAAGGAGAGUGAUACUAAGAAUGAGGUCAAUGGGACCAGUGAAGACAUUAAAUCUGAAGUGCAGCGUAAGUAUGCACAGAUGAAGAUGGAACUAAGCCAAGUAAGAAGACAUACUAAAGCACCUUCUGAAGGAAAAGACAGUGUAGUCCUGCAAAACAUUUUGAGGUACAUUGUUUUGUCUCAGCUAUUUUGUAGCAGACUCGUGCCCCCCCAUUAGUGUGCCUCUUUGGGACAUAUUUGUAAUAUAGUCACCAUAGCAAAAUUAAUUUUCCUCUUUUUUUAUUUUUUAGGGAUUUUGUUAUCGUUUUUUAAAAAAAAAUUGAACUGUUUUUGUAUUUAAGUCCAUAUUGUGUUGGUACAUCAGCAGAACCUUUUGCUUUAAUACUUUAAUAUCGGAGGCACAUGUUGGACUACUUUGUUCUCAUAUAAACUGCUAGUGUUUCUUUGUCAAGGAUGUUUCUAGUUUUUUUUUUUUUUUGCUUUAUUGCCUUGCAUUCUAAUGCAGUUUGUUCUGUAACUCGAGAGCCAGUAGCAUUGGAUUGAUGGAAGUGUAGGGUUUAUGAAUUAUUGCAGCUGACUACCAUACCUCACACAGCGUUGGUGUUGUGAGCGGCCCAUGAAAAGCCAAAUUAAAAAUCAAGGAUUCAGUCAAACUAAGCAGGUACUCAUGCCAGGUACUCCUUUCUCUACCCACAUCCAUGUUUGAAUGCUGUUGCCUGUAAUAUUUAAGCUUACUGUUGUGUUUUUUUUGAUUUUCAAGAUAGUGAAAAGGACCUUUUGUGUAUUGUGUGAAUACUGUAAAAGCCGAUGUUAACAGAAUGGAAUUUUCUUUCAACUGUGUGUAGGGAUGCAGUGCUGCCCAGAAUUAGAUAUCUUUAAAGAGUUUAAAAUGCAAUAAACACUACAGGUUACUUUCAAUGCAGUGCAAGUCUUUAAGAGGUAUGUGUUUAAUAUUUCCUACUGUGUAGGAGAAGUUGCAGUCAGCCAUAACACAGAGAGGUAGAAUGGCUGAUAACAGGCUUCUAAGGCAAAUUAAAUGCAAAGACAGAUGCCACCAUGUGAUUACAAUGUUCAUGGCAAUAAUGUGUGCUGAAAAACUGGUUGCUGGAAGUGAAACAGUUAAACACUAGGAAAUAACAAGUACUGUAUUAAAAGGAAAACUGGAAGUUUUUUCCUCACUCUUGACUUGGCUUUCUUACUGUUACAGAAGGUCUUUAGUUGUAUUCCUCAAAUAAGGAGCUAACAGUGGAGAGUACAGCUGAUAAAUGAGCUUCUUGCAACAUAAUUUGUUACUAUAGCUUUAUUAUUUAUGCUAGGAAGUCUUAAACACUUAAUGUUGAUUAUUAAACCAUUAAUGCUACAUUAUUGCUUCUAAAGCCAGUCAUGUUGACAUCUCUGUAGAGUUAAGCUGCCAGCUAACAACUGGGCCAAUAUAUAGGAAUGACAACAAAAUGCCCUUAAUGCUGUCUAAUUGUCUGUUUUCCCAAACUUCUGCAUUAUAGGACUACUCCAUGAAGAGUCUGCGAAGACAGAGGAAGACGGCUUAAACUGAAGAUCUGCUUUAAAAUGAGGUGAAAGAAAGCUGUAGUGGCGUAGAAAAAUAUAAAGUUGAGUUAGUAUUUUUAUUUUAUUUUUUUUUAUAUAUAUAAAAGAUUUAAUUCAGGACUGGUGUUUCCUCCCAGAGAGUUCAGAAAGAUGUGUUGAUAAGAGCACAUAAUGCUACUGAGAAUAUAAGUCCUGUCUCCUUUUUCUUUUCUUUAAGACUUUUUAAGAUAAGAAACAAACAUAACCUGAACACGUGGCUUGCUCAGUGUUUAAUUGCGAGUUUUCAUUCUUGGACUUUAAAACACAAGAAUAAAUGUUUAGUAUUUGUGUGAAUCAAACUAAACCAGAUCCCAUUUUUACAACUAAGCUAUUCCUAGCUUCUUGAUAUACGAGAAAUGGAAAUAAAGUAUCUUUGAAUUUCUGUUACAAAGCUGAUUGUCUCUGUCAUUGGACGUUUAAUAUUAAGCAAGUUUCUUUCCUAAUAAAUCUACUCCUGUCUUCAA